ACUCCACAGGCUGCAGUCAUUGUUCGGUGCCCGUUGGCUCUAACUGUCCUGUUCUGGUCAAACACUAACUGCAAUAUCGAUGCAUAUAUGUUGUGUAUAUAUUAAAUAUAUAAAUAUCGAGUGUGCGUGCGUAUUUUUUUUUUUAUCAUUAAAUUUUAACGCAAUACUGCACACGAUAUUAUAGAUUUUUUUUAUACCUGGACCGGGCCGGGCACCUGACGAACGAAACGACGUUUUCCUGUGAAAUUUUGUGCGUUUUUCUCGUUAUAUUUGUUUUUGAUUUUCUGUUUCGUUCAUAGUUUUCACGAAAAUUGCAACGAUACACUAAUUAUUAUCAUAACCGUUAAUCGCCGGCCGUUUUCGUUUAACGCGACAUCGACGUCCGGACAACAGCGUGAGUGUACCCACAUUAUCUACGUACAAGAUUUUUUAUAACUUUGUGAUACCAUAUAAAAACAAUGGUACGAAGUUAGAUUGUACAUCAGGAUAUCGGAUAUCUCUAUUGACUAUAUAAUAUCAUUCGCUAUUUUAUUCGCCGCCACUGCACGAGCCAAACGAGAGCGGACGACAUGGAUCAAAAUCAGCGAAAUUAUUACAAAACUAACAUAGCUGCCCUGAAUUUGACCGCAGCACUGGUGAAAAGUGAGCCGCUUGAAGAAAAAGAAGAUGACGUGAAAUGGCCCUGUCUUGAAACGGCCAGCGACAAAGGCUUGUCCACAGAAACUUCUUCCACAACCUCCAGAGGCGAAACGUCCAAUACGUCUAAUCAUAAAAGGAAACCAUUCUGUACCAUAGGGAACUCAUUCUAUAUAUUCUCAGCAUUAGUAUUAUUCCUCGUGGGCACUAUUACAAUAGUAUACACACCAUUUAACAUAUUAAUGAAUGAGAGACUAAAAAUGGUUCGUGGUCUACCAGCAUAUGAGUGGUGGAAGAAUCCUCCUGAUGAAGUUUUGCUUAGAGUGUACCUAUUUAAUGUAACAAACAGUGAACGAUUUGAGAAUGGAAUCGAUAGUAAACUGGAACUAAACGAAAUUGGUCCAAUAGUAUUCAGAGAAUUAUUACGACACAGUGAUGUUAGAUUCAACGACAAUGGUACAAUGACUUAUGUGGCCACAAGAACAGCCGUGUUCUUGCCAGAAAUGACAAACAUUAGUUUGGACGCUAAAUUAAUACUACCCAACUUUGCCGCAUUGGGAAUGGCAUCAUAUUUAUGGGAUGCUUCUUAUUUUACUAAGUAUGGUUUUAAAUUAAUGAUGGAUAUGUUGGAUACAAAAAUGUUUAUCAAGACAUCUAUUAAUGAUUGUUUAUGGAAUUUAACUGACCCGUUAGUCCAAAAAGCAAAAACCAUGAUGCCUGGUUUAGUUCCUGAAGAAAAUAUGGGUAUAUUAUACCAGAUUUAUAACAAAUUUACGGAUGAAGUUACCGUAUUCAUGGGUCCGGAAAAUGGGCGAAGGUUUUUCACAGUAGAUAAGUACCAUGGUAAACCUAAUCUUGGAAUUUGGGAGGAUUCAAAGUGCGAUAGUGUACAGGGUUCUUCUGAAGGUGUUACGUACCAUCAGUUUGUAUCAAAAAAUGACACAUUGAAAUACUUGAGAAAAACCAUGUGCCGAGUGACACCAUUAAAAUAUAAAAAUGAAGUGACCAAAUCGGGCAUGACAAUGUACAAGUUUAUUCUCCCAAAUAAUGUCUUUUCUCAUCCACAAACUGAUCCAAGCCUAGAAGACUGUUUUCAUAAUCCAAAAUCAAUUCCUCUUCUUUCUGGGCUCUCUGAUGUAUCGCCGUGUUAUUAUGAUUUCCCUAUUGCAGCUUCAUUUCCUCAUUUCCUCAAUGGUGAUCAAGCACUGCUAAAAUCAAUAUCUGGAUUAAAACCUAAUGAAGAAAAUCAUGGCUCGUACUUAAUUGUCGAACCAUUAACAGGAGUUCCAGUCGAAAGUAGAGCUCGUAGCCAAAGCAAUCUAGUCAUGCACCCCACUAGUGGAUUUUCAAAUAUCGAUAAAUUCAGUAAUAUGUCAAUACCAAUGUUUUGGGCUGAAUAUAAUCAAGUGGGUUUACCUUGGUACAUUACAACUCUAAUGUAUUUCACUGUUAUCGUUUUGCCAUAUACGCAAUCAAUCGGGAGCAUCCUAAUGAUGAUAGCCGGUUUGGCAAUGAUUGGAAAAUCGAUAUUUGAUGCAGUAUUUGGUUAUAAAAAACCACUAUACUCAUAUAGUUCUUUGGAUCUCUUGCCGUCAAUUAGUUAA